AUAGAUCUCUCGAGUUCCAACGCUCAGUACGAUUACUGCGCCAAUGGCCCGGCCGCCGUGCUCUUCUCGGUCCUGUUCGGGCUCACCUUCAUCGCCCAUCUCAUCCAGGCGAUCGCCUACCGCAAGCGGUUCUGCUGGGUGAUCGUGAUGGGCACCGGGUGGGAAUGUCUCGGCCUGAUUAUGCGCACAUACUCGACCAUCAACCAGACCAAGUCGACCACUGCCAGUGCCGGACAGCUGCUGGUCCUGCUGGCGCCGCUGUGGGUGAACGCCCUGGUGUACAUGGUGUUUGGCCGCAUGGUCUACUAUUUCGUGCCGGAUCGGAAGGUGAUGGGCAUCCGGGCGGAGAAGCUGGCCAAGAUCUUCAUCUGGCUGGACGUAACGUCGUUCAUUGUGCAAGCGACGGGCGGCGUCAUGGACUCGGACUUUAGCGAUGAGAUGGACCGCAUCGGACUGCACGUCUACACGGGCGGGAUUGCGCUGCAGGAGCUGUUCAUCGUCUGCUUCUGCUUCCUGCUGUUCUCCUUCCACAAGCGCAUGCGCGAGGGAGGCGGGAUGAUGGAUCGCGGACGCACCUGGCACACAAUGGUGAUGGCCAUGUACGUCACCUUGGGCUUCAUCACGGCUCGAAUCAUCUACCGGCUGGCCGAGUACGCCGACACCAACACGGCCGGCACCAGCCCGCUGACCACCAACGAGGCGCCCUUCUACUGUCUGGAGUGUGUGCCGAUGCUGGUCGCGAUGGUGAUCUGGAACUUCUGGCAUCCCGGCCGCUAUCUGCAGGGCGAAGACAGCGAGUUCCCC